GCCCUGAGCGCGCACCCCGGGGCUGCGAGCCCUACGACCGAGGAUGUCUCCUGGAGGCUCCUUGUUGUGACAAGCUGCAUACUUGCCGGUUGUGUCAUGAUAACAAUGAAGAUCAUCAGCUAGAUCGCUUUUAAAGUAAAGGAAGUGCAGUGUAUCAACUGAAAAAAUUCAACAUGCCCAACAGACUUGUGAAGAAUGUAGCACCUUAUUCGGAGAGUAUUAUUGCAGUAUAUGCCCUCUGUUUGACAAAGAUAAGAAGCAGUAUCAUUGUGAAAACUGUGGAAUUUGUAGGAUUGGUCCGAAAGAAGACUUUUUCCAUUGUUUGAAAUGUAACUUAUGCUUAGCUAUGAAUCUUCAAGGAAAACAUAAGUGUAUUGAAAAUGUUUCCUGGCAGAAUUGCCCAAUAUGUUUGGAGGACAUUCACACAUCCCGAGUUGUCGCUCAUGUCUUGCCAUGUGGACAUCUUUUACAUAGAACAUGUUAUGAAGAAAUGCAGAAAGAAGGCUACCGCUGUCCGCUGUGUAUGCACUAUGCUCUAGAUAUGACGCGGUACUGGAGGCAGCUGGACGGCGAGGUGGCGCACACCCCCAUGCCGUCAGAGUACCAGAACAUGACUGUGGACAUUCUCUGCAAUGACUGCAAUGGACGAUCGACCGUCCAGUUCCAUAUUUUAGGCAUGAAGUGUAAGAUCUGUGACUCCUACAAUACUGCUCAAGCUGGAGGACGUAGAAUUUCACAAGAUCAGCAAUGACCAGCAUAUACUUAACUGGAAAUGUCAGUGUUUUGUGAUAUAGAAAAAGCUCUGUGGAAAAGUAUUCUGUUGUCAUAAUGUGUCAUAACCUAUGCAUUAGAGUUGAUGUGUUUUAUACUAGUGUCAAGGCAUAAAAUCAUAUUCCAAGUACUUAAGGAUUCAGGGUCUCUUUCUAGACUUA